CAGAAAAUUCAAGUAUUUGUCCCAUUCGAUCUCUUAUACUUUACCAAAGAAAAAAAAAAGGGUCCAUGUGAACCUAUCCGGUCCAGCAACUUACAUAGAAUCGCGCGCCAUAAUUAACUGCCAAAUCCGCACCAUUCCGUUUCCGCCACUUGCCCGCCCCAACCGCCCCGCCACGUCACCACCUCCCGCAGUAAGCGUAUAAACCCGGGGAGGAGGAAAAGCUACGUCUUCUUCUUCCCCGUCAAAACUCUUGAAAUUCAAUCUUCCAAACGACGACACGCUCUUCCAUUUUUUUUUUUUUGCUUGCAUCCCCAAUUCCGAUCAAAAUCUCUCUCUCCAAAAAUGGAAACCCUGAACAACCCCAAUCCAUCCUCCGGCGACGACGCCGAGAUCGUUUCCCGCCGAAUCCAGCGUCUCUCCCUGCACCUGAACCCAAUCCCCUGCCCUUUGCCGGACGCCGACCGACCAAUCGGGAUGGCGGCCUGCGCCAGGGCGAAGCUGGAGGUGGACACCGGGAAGCUGUCGGGCUACAUGAGAGGGCCCCACAGGGACGUACAGGAGAAGGUUUUCGAGUACUUUGAGUCCCGGCCGGAGCUACAGACGCCGCUGGAGAUUUCCAAAAACGACCACCGGGAGCUCUGCUGGCGGCAGCUUGUGGGUUUGGUCAGGGAGGCUGGAAUCAAGCCUUUUAGGUACGUGGCUGAUGAUCCCGCCAAGUAUUUCGCCAUUCUCGAGGCUGUGGGCAGCGUGGAUAUGUCGCUUGGGAUCAAGAUGGGUGUCCAGUACAGAAUUUCACUUCUAUAUGCAAAUAUGUUGUGUCUAAACUGGUUUUUUCCUUGCAUAUGUGUCUGCAGUCUUUGGGGUGGUUCUGUGAUCAACCUCGGAACUCAAAAGCAUAAGGAUAAAUAUUUUGAUGGCAUAGAUAAUCUGUACUAUCCGGGUUGCUUUGCUAUGACAGAGCUCCAUCAUGGCUCAAAUGUGCAGGCACUGCAAACUGCUGCAACAUUCGACCCAAUAACCGACGAAUUCAUAAUUAACACCCCAAACGAUGGGGCUAUAAAAUGGUGGAUUGGUAAUGCUGCAGUUCACGGGAAAUUUGCCACUGUUUUCGCCCGACUAAUGCUGCCAACUCAUGACUCCAAGGCAGUUUCAGACAUGGGUGUUCAUGCGUUCAUUGUCCCCAUUCGACAUCUAGAAACACACGAAACACUUCCAGGUAUCGAGAUACACGAUUGUGGCCAAAAGGUUGGCCUCAACGGGGUAGACAAUGGUGCAUUGAGAUUCAACUCAGUAAGGAUCCCUCGCGACAAUCUACUCAACAGAUUUGGUGAUGUGUCACGAGAUGGAAAGUAUUCGAGUUCCCUUCCGACUGUAAACAAAAGAUUUGCUGCUACGCUAGGCGAGCUCGUGGGAGGAAGAGUGGGGCUCGCGUAUUCCUCUGUAGCCGUUCUCAAGCUUGCUGGCACAAUCGCUAUCCGCUAUUCAUUGCUACGUCAGCAGUUUGGCCCACCUAGAAAGCCUGAAGUCAGCAUCCUCGACUACCAGUCUCACCAGCACAAGCUAAUGCCCAUGCUCGCUUCAACUUAUGCUUUCCAUUUUGCUACUUCCUAUUUGGUGGAGAAGUAUGCGGAGAUGAAACGAACUCACGACGAACAGUUGGUUGGAGAUGUCCAUGCCCUGUCGGCGGGCCUCAAAGCAUAUGUGACGUCGUAUACUGCUCGGUCGCUGAAUGUGUGCAGGGAAUCUUGUGGGGGCCAUGGAUAUGCUGCUGUGAAUCGGUUUGGUACUCUGAGAAAUGAUCAUGAUAUUUUCCAGACGUUCGAAGGGGAUAACACGGUGCUUCUUCAGCAGGUUGCAGGCGAUCUCUUGAAGAGAUACCAGGAGAAGUUCCAAGGCGGGCCACUGACAGUGACGUGGAACUAUCUAAGAGAGUCGAUGAAUUCAUACUUAUCUCAGCCAAACCCAGUAACAGCACGUUGGGAAAGUGAAGAUCACUUGCGAGAUCCUAAGUUCCAGUUGGAUGCUUUCAGAUACCGAACAUCUCGAUUGCUCCAAAGCGUUGCAGUCCGUCUUCGCAAGCACACGAAGACACUUGGAGGAUUCGGUGCUUGGAACCGCUGCUUGAAUCACCUUCUCACCCUGGCCGAAUCUCAUAUUGAGACCGUCAUCCUUGCAAAGUUCAUUGAAGCUGUGCAGAAGUACUACUUAUACCAGACCUUCUACUGCCCGGAUCCAAGUGCACGUUCUGCUCUGAAACUUGUUUGUGAUCUCUACGCCUUGAACAGAAUAUGGAAUGACAUUGGAACUUACCGCAAUGUUGACUACGUCGCACCAAACAAAGCUAAGGCAAUCCACAAGCUGGCAGAGUACUUGAGUUUCCAAGUCAGGAAUAUUGCGAGGGAAUUGGUAGAUGCAUUUGAUCUUCCAGAUAAUGUUACCAAAGCACCAAUUGCAAUGCAGUCAGAAGCUUAUUCUCAGUAUACCAAUUAUGUCGGGUUCUAGAAAUUUUGCCUUCGUUGAGCUAAAUCAAUACGUAUAGUGCUCACAGUGGAAUUCAAGCAGCAGAUAGUUAUAGAUAUCUUAUAUUAUAUAUAGCCCUUCAGCAUUGAAGCAAAAGUUCAUUAGCAUGAGGAACGAGGAACUGCCAAACUGGCGGGAGCUCAGAGAUAUACAGGGUUUGCAUCUUACCCAUUGUAUGAACUAUGGUCAACCUAAUACACAACAUUAUAUUGGCUUCUACGGAGAAAACAAGUUACUGUAGAACAUAUAAUAAUUUACUUUUCAAUUAGACUUUCUCUAUUUCAACU